AUGCCCGCCCCAGUGUAUCAUCUCCCCCAACAUCUGACGCCGCUCCAAAUCUACCGCCACCUGCUGCGGGAAGCCACCUACCUCCCGCCCUCCUUCCGAGCGACAGUCGACUCGACCAUUCGAAAAAGGUUUCACGGUAACCGAAAGGAUGGGCCUCACACCAAGGCUCGGCUCAAAAAGGCAAUGUCCACGCUGCGCACCUUGCGAGCUGCCAACAGCGGCGACAAGACCGCCAUGGAAGGCUUGAUCAUGAAGGGCUUUGGCAGGACGGGGAGCAGAAGACGAGAGCUCAUGGUGCAUUUUGUCAAGUCGGGAGGGCCGGCCGAUAGCGACGCUCUGGAGUCCCUCUUGGACCAAGCCGACGACGACAACAACAGCAACAACAACAACAACAACAACGACAACAACAACAACAAGCCACCGCCCGGAUCCUCCUGCUCAGGCCACCCCAGCCCAGAGAGUCCCAGCCAGUCUCUGAAAGUCAAAAAGACACAUUCCGGGAAGAAAAACUCCUUCUUCGAGAAAUGGGACCAGCCCAAGCUGCUGCAGUUUCUGAAUUCGCAGAAGCAGCAGCAAAGGGACACCAAGGGCACCACUAGCUGGCUCGGGUCCUCGGUCAAGACCGUCAACCCCAAUCAGUUCGUCCCGGAAACCAACAUCUGGGGCAAGCCGCCUGCCGAGGUCCUGGUCAGGACCAAGCGAGCUCAUUGGUGGAGAAGGAGCGCGGACAAGAUGAUGCCUCCCCUGGGAAACGGCGAGUGGGAGCUCUUGCGGCGCUUGAGCAGCGGCGCCCAAGACGGGGCCGACUGGGCCGUGCCGCGGAGGCGCGCGUACCCUAUGAGCAACGCGCCCGCAAGCUGGGAGUGGGAGCAGUACGCGACUCUGCCCAUAGGGCGGGUGGAGCAGCCGAAAACACUGUCGAGGCAGCGACGCACAGGUCACUACGAUGCCGGACCGUACGGCGGACAUGCACGGAGCACACGGCUUUCGAGCAGAUGGUUUCGAAGGGUCUACAACAGGACAUGGCAGCUCACCGCGAAAAUGGAACAGCACCCCGCGACGCUGCAGUAUGCCAUUACCUGGGGGAGUGCUUCGUGCGACCUGCCCGACGCCACCGAGGCUCAAUCUUGCGUUUUUGAAGGGCUGGACAAACAGGGCAACAAGGCAGACAGCGAGCCGGUCUCCUAA